GAAAUUUAUAGUCGUUUUCAUUUAGCCUACUUUUAGGUUAGAAAAGUGUUGUUUUUCAGAUUCAGACGUUGAAUGUAUCCAGUCUUGCAGUCUACAGUGUUUUGAUUUGUAAAGUUGUUUUUAUUCAGGUUGUGAAAUUGUCAAGAUUCUAUAAAAUGGCAGUUUUGAGAGAAACUGCAAUUCUAGCGAAUAAAUUUCGAGGUUGUCUAGUUUCGGCUGUACUUGGAGACUGCCUUGGAGCUACAUACGAAGGAGAGGAAGCUGAGGAUAUUUCAAAAGUAGUUCUUCAGAAAUAUUUUGAUAAAUUAGAAGGUCCUUAUUUUAAGAGUCCUCAGAAAAUGUAUACAGAUGAUACAGCAAUGACAAAAAGUGUGGCAGAUUCUCUUAUACAUAUUGAAGGCUUCGAUGCCAAGGACAUGGCUGACAGGUUUGUCAAAGAGUUCUACAAAGAUCCAAGAAGAGGUUAUGGUCAAAAUGUAAUCGACGUUUUUGCCAAACUUCGCAAACAAAAGGAGGGCGAUGUUUUCAUCCCGGCCCAAGAGCAGUUCGGAGGAUCGGGAUCUUAUGGCAAUGGCGGUGCCAUGAGAAUAGCCCCAGUGCCAUUAUUCUGCCAUAAAAACUAUGACAACAUGUUACAUGUUGCUAAACAAAGUACAUUAAUAACACAUUCGAAUGCGCUUGGUAUCAAUGGAGCUCUAUUACAAUGUAUCGCAAUCCACCAGAGUUUGGCUUUAAACCCAGAAGAACCUUUGGAUGUCAAGAAGUUUUCCUCUGAUCUCAAAAGAAAAAUGUCUGUCAUCGAAGAAUCUGACGAAGCUGGAGACGAUUCAGAUUCAGAAGGAGGAAAUGCCUAUGUGGAGCAGCUAGAAGCGAUGGAUAAGUUGCUGGACAAAGAUCUAGGAGGCAUUCCCAUUUCCGAUGAAGAGGUAGAGCGAACUCUAGGCACCAGUGUGGCCGCUCUACACUCUGUUCCCACCGCAAUCUUUUGCUUCCUGCGGGCGCAAAACCCGAUACCCGAUAUCAAGACGGACAACAUAGUGAGACGCACACUGCAGUAUGCGAUUUCCCUGGGUGGUGACACAGACACUAUUGCGAGUAUGGCUGGUGCUAUAGCGGGUGCAUUUUGCGGCUAUGACGUCAUCAAUGAAAAUGUGCAGAAGCACUGCGAGGGCGUGGAGGAGGCUAUCAGUGCAGCCGACAAAAUUCACAGUAUUGUUGAAGGCAGUUGAGGGACAUUCGACUGCUUGUGAUUUCGACAUUUUAUAAUUAGAUCAAUAUUAUUGUCGAUCAAUGUAUUAUGUAUCAUAGUUAAGAGGCUCGGUCUCUAAGACAUUUGUUAAAUCUAAUGAAUUUUUCAACCCAUAGAUUUAAUAAGUCUUAGAAACCGGGUCUUAAAUUAGAAUAUCGAAUAAAAUUAUUUUAUUGAUUUUA